AUGAAUGACAUGAUUGUUGUACGUCUUCUCAGUUUCUAUCUUGUGGCCUCCUGGCUUGGGUCAUUUGGGUCGCCAAACAUCACAGUCUCUUCACUCUUGCUACAUGCUGCGGGAACUCGACUCUUUCAACUUAUUAUGCACAUUGUGGUAUUAUUAUUUACAUCGCAGUAUGAGUCAUCUGCUUUAACAGCCCUACGUGAGCCUCCACUCCACCCCAAAGUCACCUAG